AUGGAGCAGACUCAGGAAAAGGUUGAGGGCGGCCAUGUUCUCCAGACACCGCUUUGGAUUGUCAUAAUUCGAGGCUUCCAGUUCCUAAUUUCUCUUAUUAUUGUUGGUCUUUGUGGUCGUUUGAUGCAUGAUGCUACGCUCGAUGAAGAAGCUCUAUCUCUCGCCAUUGCAAUCAUUUCAUGGAUAGUCAUCGCAUACGUCCUCCUCACAGAGAAAAUCCCCAGUCUUCAAAACGCAUAUCACAUCAUCGCUGUUUUAAGUCUCGAUGCGUUAAUGAUGGUUCUCUGGCUUGCCGCUUGGGCUGCCACUGCUGCGAGACGUGCCAAAUACGUUAUUCCUGUUAAUGCUUAUGGCUGUUAUGACGAUGGAAGUCUCACGGAUAGUAAGACUUGUAGCAUUUUUAAGCGUGAUGGGGAGAAUGUUAUUCUCUUCAAGAGUGGUUUGGCUAUGCUUGCUGCCGUCGCGGGUCUUGGUGCGCUUGUCUGGAUCCUCUUCAUUGUCACGUUUGUCUGGACUCUCGUCAUGUUCCUUCGCGGCCGCAAGGAAGGUCGCUUCGCUGUCAACCUCGCUGCCUCUCCUUCGCCCAACAACAACUACCAAAUGGAGACCAAGGUCAACGAAGGCCAGCCCAUGGUCCAGCCUGUUCAACCUCAGGGCGUUCCCCAGCAGCCAUACCAGCAACAACCUACUCAGGGCCAAUUCGCUCCUCAACAACAGCAGCAGUAUCCUCAGGGCACUCCAUCUCCCUACCAACCUGCCCAGAGCCCAUACCAACAACAGGGCGCCUAUCCUCCUCCCGCCGCACCCUACUCUCCUCAAGACCAGCAGUACCAAGGUCAGCAGAACUACGGACAGUAUCCUCCUCAGCAGUACCAACAGCCUUCCCAACCUCAGGGAAGUGAGCUUGAUGGCCAGACAAACUACUCUACACCUCCUCCCGCUGCAGUGUCUCCUCCUCCUCAGCAUUACGGAAGUGAGCUUGAUGGCCAGACGAACUAUACCCACCCUCCUCCUGCUUCAAUGUCGCCGCCCCCUCAGCCUCAGCCUUAUCCUCCCCAAGCGUAUCCCCAGCAGUAA